AGGCAUUCCUGUGUGAAGAGAGCCAGUGUGAAGACAGAUUUGUAAGAACCACAAGUGCCCAGGCCAGGAUACAGGGAAACAGAAACUCCAGCAGAUUAACUGACCUCGUGCCAUUUCCUGACGUUUGGCAGUGACACUGAGAGAGGAUUGCAUGUCCCCUCUUUAUGUGGAUUUAUCUUUUAAGAAAAGUUUGCUUCUGUCCGGGACAGUUUGUGGUUGUGAGAUACUUCAGACAAUAUAAUUAAUCAUGGGGCAAGCUGAUGUCUCCAGACCGGUAAAUCCAGGUGCAGUUGACUUCUCCAGAGAACCCUGGGACAAAGAAGCAGACCAGCCCACUGCAGACCCAGGCAUGGUCAUGGACAGUGUGGAAGCAGGAGACACAACACCUCCCACCAAAAGAAAGAGCAAGUUCUCUGGCUUUGGCAAGAUCUUCAAGCCUUGGAAAUGGAGGAAAAAAAAAAGUAGUGAUAAAUUCAAAGAGACUUCAGAAGUUUUAGAGCGAAAAAUAUCUAUGCGAAAACCAAGAGAAGAGCUGGUUAAAAGAGGGGUUCUGUUGGAAGACCCUGAGCAGGGUGGUGAGGAUCCAGGAAAGUCGAGCCACACCAUGUUAAAGAAUGGCCAUACCACCCCCAUAGGGAGUGCCAGAUCUUCUAGUCCAGUCCAAGUAGAGGAAGAGCCAGUAAGAAUAGCAAGUCUUAGGCAACCCAUUCCCGAAGAAAACCCAAAGAAACGACUAGGUUCAACCGGAAGUCAGCCUAAUUCUGAAGCAGAGUCUGUUCCUGAGAAUGUACCCAAACAGCCUUUACUUCCUCCCAAAAGACCUUUGUCCUCUUCUCAUGAAGCAAGUGAAGGGCAAGCAAAGGAUACCACUUCCUCUGGCAGCACGGCAAGGUCCAUCUUCACUACCACCACCACAGCACCUGCUGCCACCACUGCUGCCACAAGCCUAGCAAAGACUGUUACUUCCUCUGUCACCCCUUCCCCAGCACCCAGGACUCUGCCUACUGCUCCUGCCAGCACUAACACUACUGCUACCCCGAGCCUCACUCCUACGGUCCCUGCCAAGCAGCCCCCUAUCCCUCCCCCUAAACCAGCUCACAGAAAUAGCAACCCUGUCAUUGCUGAACUGUCCCAAGCAAUAAACAGUGGUACAUUGUUAUCAAAACCAUCCCCACCCUUACCACCUAAGAGAGGUAUUCCAUCAACCUUGGUACCCACCUUGGAGUCUGCUGCUGCCAUCACCACAAAAACACCAAGUGAUCAAAGAGAGAAGAGCAUGUACUCUGUAGGCUCUGAACCGCUGAUGAUGAUCCCACCUCCCUCUCCGUCCCCCCCACUGCCUACUCAUAUACCUCCAGAGCCUCCACGUUCCCCUCCAUUCCCUGCUAAGAGUUUUCCAGUUGUGCCAGAAAUUGAGUUUCCACCAUCCUUGGAUCUACCCCAGGAAGUUCCCCAGCAGGAAGAUCAGAAAAAGGAAGUCCCCAGGAGGAUAUUGGACCAGAGCUUUGGGGAACCCCAUAUACCUUCUAGACUGCCUCCACUCCCACUGCAUAUUCGAAUCCAGCAGGCCCUGACCAGCCCACUUCCCAUGACUCCUCCCUUGGAGGGCUCUCACAGAGCUCAUUCCUUGCUCUUUGAGAACAGCGACAGCUUUUCUCAGGACAGCAGUACCCUGGGUCGGACCAGAUCACUUCCCAUCACUAUUGAAAUGCUGAAAGUUCCAGACGAUGAAGAAGAGGAGCAGAUCUGCCCAUCUGCAUUCAGUGAAGAUGUGAUGUCUACCUCAGUCAUUCCUAAGCUACCACAGUAUCUGCAGGAGGAAGAAGAGAAGGAGAGUGACUCUGAUUCAGAGGGGCCCAUUCAGUACCGAGAUGAAGAGGAUGAAGAUGAAAGCCAUCAGAGCGCUCUGGCCAACAAAGUGAAGAGGAAAGACACACUGGCAAUGAAGUUGAACCACAGACCCAGUGAACCAGAAUUGAACUUGAAUUCAUGGCCUCAUAAAAGCAAGGAGGAGUGGAAUGAAAUACGGCACCAGAUUGGGAACACACUGAUCCGGCGACUGAGUCAAAGACCAACACCGGAAGAACUGGAACAACGAAAUAUAUUACAACCUAAAAAUGAAGCUGAUCGUCAGGCAGAAAAACGAGAGAUUAAACGUCGCCUCACUAGAAAGCUCAGUCAAAGGCCAACUGUGGCUGAACUACUUGCCAGGAAGAUUCUGAGGUUUAAUGAAUAUGUGGAGGUAACAGAUGCUCAAGAUUAUGAUCGGCGAGCAGACAAACCUUGGACCAAACUGACCCCUGCUGACAAGGCUGCCAUAAGAAAAGAAUUAAAUGAAUUUAAAAGCUCAGAGAUGGAGGUUCAUGAAGAGAGCAAACAUUUUACACGCUACCAUCGUCCUUGAUGCCAAAAUUUGAAAGAUGAACUAAACGACCCCUCCAAACAGGGCUGCUUUGCCACUUCAGUCUCCAGAGUGACAUAUGGAGUGAACUUGAGCACUUCCCAGCACAGCCAGAACUGCAUCCUCUGGGAUCUAGUUCUGGGGUGAAUAGCACUUCUAUGAAUGUAGCAUUUCACUGGAACGGAUUCUCAUGUGCUGCCCCUGGGGCAAAACUGAACAUUCGUUAGUGCUUUUGAAUCUUUCGAUAUCACAGCAUACUCGAGGGUUUUUUCCCUCACCAGCCACCAAAGUUCUAGACCAGUUGCAGGUUCCAAGUUUUAUUAGCUGUACCACACCCUCUCCCCAAGAUGACUGCCUGUGCUGAGGCACAGUUUGCACCAUUAGCCUUACCUGCCCUGCCCUGGGUGUGAGACCUACUUGUGCAGGUGCUAAAUUCCAGCCAUUAAAUCCAAUUUGUGGUAGGAAAAACCUUCUGGAGGCUCCCAACCUUCUGUUAAAGGGGUCCCCACCUCCAGGAAAAGCCUUCAUACCACACUGGCAUGUCAGAUGAAAGCAUUGCACUGUACCUCUUGUGACACAGCAAUAUAGUCUUCAGGCACUCUAGCCUGAGAGGAAGCUCAGGAUCUGACAUGUUCCUCAUUCUUUCAUGUCAUCCUGAUUAUUAAAAAAUGAUCUUAAAGUAAUGGGAACUUAUGUUCUUCCUGUCUGUUAAGCAAUCUGAGCUAUAACCAGAAUCCAUGUUGGUUAAAUGAGAAAGCAUAUAUAUUUUCUAUAUGCAAAAACAAGAAAAGGCCUUAAUAUUAAUGCCAACUUGGCAGAAAACUGACUCAUGGCUUAAAUGUUGUAGGCUUUUGUCCUUUUAUUGUACCAGAUGAUAUUCUAAAUCAUUUUGACCAAUAAAUGUAUUCUCCGUAAAGCAGAGUUGUAGCAACUCUAUGGGAGCAUUUGUGAGCUGUCUGUCCCCACACUUCCAGCCAGAAUCACAGCAAGAUCCUAAGGGAUGUGGGGCACUAGAUCAGGAAAGCUCUUUGGAGAAGCAAGAAGGUGGCACGAUCAUGGUCCACUGCCCCCUCUUCUUUUCUGUGCUGUUUGCCCCCCCAUCCCUCUUCGCUCCAGCACCCAUCCUCCUGCUCACCCCCUCUGGCAGCUUCCACCUCAUCACCCUUCCUCUCCCACACUGUAGCCGCGUACUUGGUGCCUGGGCAUUGGCUCAGCACCCCUCCCCUUUCUGUGUUUGUAAUAUACAUUAAUAUGAUUUCCUAAAACAGAAGAUUUCGUUGCUUUGUUUGAAUUUUUAUUGAAAACCAUACAGCCUCACUAUUUCCCUCUAAUUCCCAUCCACACUGUAAGUAGAAGAAAAAAAAAAGUUCUUAUUUAACUGAUGAAUGUGGCUUUUUGCCUUCACUUUAAUGUUCAAGAAAUUGUGGCUAUUUCAUGGAUUUCUUCUGAUUUAUUCUGCAGGUCCGUGUCAUUUUCUCUGUUAUAUAAUCUUUCAGUAGGUUUUUCUCCUUUCACAUCCACCUAAGACUUACUGAAGAAGCAGAAUAUCAGAUCAAAACAAAGUGACCUUAAAAGGCAGUGUCUUCUCUCUGUAUAGGGAAAAGCGGGGGUUGGGAUUUCUCAGUUAUUGUCAAAUGUUUUAUAGCUAUGGAAAUAGUACUGGAUCCACAUCUCCUUGAAGUUCAUUAACGCUUGGGAUAACUGAGGGAAGAUAAGUGAUGAUUCUACUAAUGAUUCCUCUGUUAGAGGUCUGGAUAUAAGGUAGCCAAACUUUAAUUGCUAACUUGACAACUUCUAACCAUUCUAUCUUGUUGGUUUGGAGACUGCUUUUGCCAGCAUUCUCUGUGGCCUGAGGUGACAUUUUCAAACCCUUCUUUCACUGCCUUUCUUACCCUUAAUGUGCCAAGCCUGAAACAGGAUUUGAUUUCCUGAGCUACUGGUCUGCCUUCUAUGUGCCAGCAAGGAAUCUGGUUAAUCUUUCAUCUCAUUCAAUGUUCUUUUAAAACAAGACAUUUUGGGGGUCAAGUCUGUUCAGGUGUUUGUUUGUGUUGUACAUAUAUAAAUGGAUUCUGUGUUCCCUUUCUACGUAACUACCAACUUACAUGGAAACUCACAAUCAUGUAGAGAAGAAAUAAAAGUCUGGUGUAUUGUACUUCAAGAUGCUUCCCUGAUGUACAGAAUCUCCUUGUAAAAUAAAUAAUUGCAUUGUAUAUCAGUCUUCCCAUCAAUAUUAAUUAUUAAAGUAUUUUAGAAUUUUAAAAUUCCAAA